GAAAACGAAAACAUUUUUAUUUCAGUCUGCUGAUUCUUCUUGUUUCUCUGAUCCUCGUGCAUUUGCCUUGUUUCUCGAAAAGGUGAUCUUGUAAUCCGUGAAGAUGCCUUCCUUUUGCUGAAUGUCUGAAAUGUUCUUCGAAUCAUGGUGUUGCAAAAGAGGCUCGAUUAUGGAUUCAAUGGCUACGAGGUGCCUCACACACCUCGAGCUGCUAGAUCACCAAGAAAGAGUGCUUUCAAGAAGAAAAGCGAAAACCAUCAAAUAUCGUCGUUCGAUCUGUUGGCUGCAGUAGCUGGAAAACUGCUUCUUGAAGGUGGGAAUUCUUCUUCCUCAAGUAACAACGCAUCUGGUAAUAAUGACGAUCAGUGUGCAGUUAAGACAGAACAGCUUAACGGCGGCGACCUAAUGGUUGAAGAAGAGACUACUAAUUGUGAUCAUAAUAAUAAUAAUCCUGAAAGAAGCUUUUUUGUCUCUGAGAUCCUUCCAAAAUCUCAUGAAACUCAGAGUUUUAAUAGAUCUCCAAGUCCCCUUACAGAGUUCCAUUUUGGAUCUUCUUCUGGUAUAACCUCUGAUUCUUCUGAGAAGUUUGAAACUCAAGGAUUGGUGUAUGAGGACACCAAGAUCGACAAUAGUGAUCAUUGCUAUAGGUCAGAGUGUAACGAUAAGAAACCAAUGUUUGGGGGGCUAAAUUUUGAAGCAAAGUUAUCAAGGAAUGUUUUAGCCAAGGAUGAGAAUCAUAUAGGUAGUGGAUUCAGGAAACCAAUUCCUCAAAAUCCUUCAGCAUGCUCUGAUGAUAUAGAUUUACAUGGUAAGGGAAAUGAUGAUGACGAAAACUUCUCAGCCCGUUACAGAACAAAAUCAUUUAGGUCAACUCUGCGUAUUGGAGAUAGAAGAAUAAGGAAAGUUUUGGCUUCAAAGUAUUGUAAAGUCUCUCCAAAGCCAAGAGAUACAACGGUAACUAGUUCAGACUUGGACAUGAAGCAUGAUUACUACAGCAAGAAACAUUGUCUCAAAAGCCUAAGAUCAGAGAGGAACUUUCCUAUUAAAAAAAGAAGAUACUUUGAUGGUUAUACAGCAUCACAAUCCGAAGAAACUGCUAAAACUGAUGGCCUUUCUGGUUCACCUCGAAAGGCUUCAGGUUUUCUAUCUUCCAUAGCUUGCCAGAAGCAGCCAGCGUUGCAAUCAAGAGAUUCUCACGUGAAACUUGGAAUUAAGUCAUUUAGAGUUCCUGAACUUUUCAUUGAGAUUCCAGAGACAGCAACUGUUGGUUCACUAAAGAGGACAGUCUUGGAAGCUGUGACCUCGAUACUUGGAGGUGGAUUACGCAUAGGUGUUCUUGCUCAUGGGAAAAAGGUUAGAGACGACAGUAAAAUGCUGCUUCAGAGUGGACUCUCUUUAGACACUCUUUCAGAUACUUUAGGGUUUUGUUUUGAGCCCAAUCCUCCACAAUCCACUAAACCACUACCUCCUGAAGAUAAUUCUGACUCUGUGCGUCCCUGUAAUGUACCUAACACUUUACCAAGGUGUCUCCCAUCACCGGGGAAGCAUGCUAAACCGAGUAAUUCUGUAGAAAGUGACCUUGACUCCAAACCCUCUGCACCAAAUAGGGCUAAAACCAUAUACUCCAGAGCCCUGAUUCCAGUCCCUCCUCUGCAUGCUCAGGCUUUGACCGUAGUCCCACCUCGGAAAACCAAGCGAUCUGAGGUGGCACAGCGCAGAAUCCGUAGACCUUUCUCUGUUGCAGAAGUAGAGGCCCUUGUUCAAGCUGUGGAGAGACUUGGCACCGGAAGGUGGCGUGAUGUAAAGUUGCGAGCUUUUGAUAAUGCUAAGCACCGGACUUACGUUGAUUUGAAGGACAAAUGGAAGACGCUGGUGCACACGGCAAGAAUCUCACCGCAACAAAGGAGAGGUGAGCCGGUUCCACAGGAGCUCUUAGACAGGGUACUAACGGCUCAUGCCUACUGGUCCCAGCAACAGGGGAAACACCAGUUGCUAGAAGGACCCCAUAAACUCGAGACCAGUCUUGGUCUAUAG